GCAGUAUUACUAGGUCGCUGGACUUUGGGGUUCGGUGGCCCGGGUUAUUGGGGAUCCCGGAGUGAUGGGAAGAGAGGCUGAUUCUUGUUCCCCACAGUGCUUGAUCCCCAGCCCCAGGAGGGCGCAAAGGCUGAGGCAGAGGCUGAGUCAGGGGAACUCUGCCGACUUCGCGCUGAGCUGGCAGGCGCCCUGGCGGAAAUGGAGACCAUGAAGGCUGUGGCUGAGGUGAGCGAGAGCACGAAGGCGGAGGCUGUGGCCGCGGUGCAGCGGCAGUGCCAAGAGGAGGUUGCUUCCCUGCAGGCCAUCCUGAAAGACUCCAUCAGCAGCUACGAAGCCCAGAUCACUUCUCUGAAGCAGGAGCGGCAGCAGCAGCAGCAGGACUGCGAGGAGAAGGAGCGGGAGCUGGGCCGCCUGAAGCAGCUGCUGUCCCGCGCCCACCCCCUGGACUCCUUGGAGAAGCAGAUGGAGAAGGCCCAUGAGGACUCGGAGAAGCUGCGAGAGAUCGUGCUGCCCAUGGAGCAGGAGAUAGAGGAGCUGAAGGCAAAGUUGCUGAGAGCGGAGGAGCUGAUUCAAGAGAUCCAGAGACGUCCCCGGCACCCCCCUUCCCUGCAUGGCUCCACGGAGUUGCUGCCUCUCUCCCGGGACCUGUCUCCCCCGCUGGAGCCUCUCGAGGAGCUGAGCGGAGAUGGGGGUGCAGCGGCCGAGGCCUUCGCCCACAACUGUGAUGACAGCGCCUCCAUCUCCUCCUUCUCCCUCGGCGGCGGGCCCGGCAGCAGCACCUCCCUGCCCCGUGGCCGCCAGGGCCUGAGCCCCGAGCAGGAAGAGACAGCCUCUCUGGUGUCCACGGGCACCCUGGUCCCUGAGGGCAUCUACCUGCCCCCUCCUGGUUACCAGCUUGUCCCAGACACCCAGUGGGAGCAGCUGCAAAUGGAGGGGCGGCAGCUGCAAAAGGACCUGGAGAGCAUCAGCCGUGAGCGGGAUGAGCUGCAAGAGGGCCUGAGGCGAAGCAAUGAGGACUGUGCCAAGCAGAUGCAGGUGCUCCUGGCACAGGUCCAGAACUCAGAGCAGCUGCUGCAGACCCUGCAGGGGACCGUGAGCCAGGCUCAGGAGCGGGUUCAGCUGCAGAUGGCAGAGCUGGCCGCCUCCCACAAGGGCCUGAGCCACGAGGUGAAGCGGCUGACGGAGGAAAACCGAGGGCUCCGGGCCGAGCAGCCACCGUCUUCAGCCCCCCGGGUCCUGGAGCUGGAGGGCCAGGAGGAGUCAAUGCCCAGCUCCGUCCCGGAGCUGAAGCAGCUGGUGCUCCGCAUGGGGCAGGAGGCCAGGGCCCACCAGCGGGCCCGGGAGCACGAGGCCGAACGCCUUCGCAUUGAGAUCGUGACGCUGCGGGAGGCGCUGGAGGAAGAGACGGCGGCGAGGGCCAGCCUGGAGGGGCAGCUGAGGGGGCAGCGGGAGGAGACAGAGGUGUUAGAGGCCUCCUUGUGCAGUCUCAGGACAGAGAUGGAGCGGAUCCAUCAGGAACAGAGCAAGGCCAGGCGGCAGGAAGCCUCAAAGCAGCCACCAGGGCCAGGCCCCACAGAAGAGGCUCAGCUCACAGACCUCCUCUCAGAACAGAGGGCAAAGGUGCUGCGGCUGCAGGCCGAGCUGGAGACCAGCGAGCAGGUGCAGAGGGAUUUCGUGCGCCUGUCCCAGGCCCUGCAGGUGCGCCUGGAGCAGAUCCGCCAGGCGGAGAGUCUGGAGCAGGUGCGCAGCCUCUUGGACGAGGCGCCGCUCAGGGACAUCGGGGACGUCAAGGACAGCUGAGGGCCAGCCCCACCCCUCGGGGAGACUGCCUUCUCCACUGCAGAACCAGGAGGCCUACGCUUUGGGGCUCUCAGGAUGAGUCCUUCUCUCAGCCUGGGGGGAGGAGGCAGGGCCUCCUCCCGGGAGGGGCUGGGCCUUCUGCUCCCAAGGAUGACACUGGGUGAGGGUCCCAGCUCCCCCCUGAACCAAAGGUGCAGGCUCGGCCCUGCGGCUCUCUGGCUGCUAUGCUGCCUCCUGGGUCCCACCCUGGUGCCCCUGUCCCCCAACCGGACUGCCGGCCCCUCCCCUGCUCCCCUCCCUAAGCCCAGCCAGGCUGUGGGUGGGGGCGUGGAGCCUCCCUCCACAUGUGCGUCCUGGACAGACAGCUGCUUUCUGGGCUGCGUGACACUAAGAUGCUUGCCCCAGGGGCUGGACCAGGCCCAAGGUGCGCAUGGAGGCAAGGCCAGACUUUUCUGUCAUUUAUUUUCAAUAAAUAAGCAGCUCAGCUCA